AUGGACGACAGCGCACAGCGAGUUUUGGCGUACUUGACAGAAGUAGAGGAGGCUGCAGAAGAUGUACUCGCCGACAAACAACAGAUUGUAGACCUUGACUUGAAAAGAAACAGAAACAGAGAGGCACUCAAUGCUUUAAGAAAUGAUCGCUCGCUAAACGAUAAAGCAAAUGUUUGUUUUGGGAACAUGUUCAUUAGACUUCCCAAGGAAAAAACCAAAACAAUGAUUCAGAAAGAUCAAGAGCAGAUUGACAAGGAAAUAAGUGAACUUCGCAAACGACUGAAAGCAAAAGUGAAUCACCUUAAUGAGUUGCAAGGAAAACCUGAGCUAAAAGGAUAUAACCUCUCUCCUCUCAGCAAUGAAGAGAUUAAAGCAAUUAAUAGCAUCCUUAAAAGAUGAUGCAUGCUCUCCUAUCUUGUUAUGAGUCAAACUUUGGUCAGCAUUGGUAAAUAGGCUGAAUGGUCACGACCUUAGUUGCCAUUUAAUAUAUAUGAUCACCUAAACAGAUUUGCUUAACAAAGCAGUGAAAACUUUAUGUAGUUCCUUGAGGAAAUAUGUUUGUGUCUCAGAAACUUGUUCUUGUUUAGAUAUUAUGUGUCCAGGAUGAAAUGAUGCCUUAAUAAACAAAGACUGAAUUUUCUAAAAGCUUCUAAAGUAAAUUCAAGUUAAGUUUAGAGGUAAAAAAUGCAAUCACAGCAACACUUAAAUAUCUGUUACUGCACUGGUGCUUGGAAAUGUCAAACACAAAUCCUUCUAAUGCUUGUAAAAACUCUGAUGUUUAUCUGUAAAUGCUCUGAUGUGUGCUCUCACUGUUGGCCUCUAGAUGGCAGUAAACCAACAUUUUUUGGUAAAUAUCUAUAGCUGUACAGUUUUGUAAUGUGUG